UUUUAUUUUACCUCACUAGAUGGCUAUACCGUACGUGAUGUCGUAAUGUACUGGAAACCUUACCCUGUGGUUGGGGUAGAACGGGCCAAGCUUCCUCAGUUUUCUGUGAUACGUUACGAAACAACAGAUAGAACAGAGGUUCUAGCAACAGGUAUUUACCAGCGUCUCUCGCUGAGUUUUGAACUGAAGAGGAACAUUGGAUACUUCAUCUUUCAAACGUACUUACCGUCCAUACUAAUCGUGAUGUUAUCGUGGGUUUCCUUCUGGAUCAACCACGAGGCAACGUCGGCACGAGUGGCACUUGGUAUAACCACCGUGUUAACCAUGACCACAAUCAGUACCGGAGUACGGUCUUCCUUGCCCCGUAUUUCCUAUGUUAAAGCUAUCGAUAUUUACCUGGUGAUGUGUUUCGUCUUCGUCUUCGCCGCCCUGCUGGAGUAUGCUGCUGUAAACUACACUUUCUGGGGAGCUAGGGCUAAGAAGAAGAAGACCAAAGAGCCAGAGGAGUCUGAAACUGGAUUCCCGAAACAAGAAGAGAUAAUACAACUUCAAGAUGUCAGGAUGUCUCCCAUUCCCUGUUUGCGCAACAGAAACAGAGCAUGUAGUUCACCCAGUGAGUCAGAGGUCAGAUUCCCUCCGUCUUUCCGCAUGAGCAACCUUGCCCACAGAUUUUCCUACUCCUCCAGAGCUGAUUAUGGCGGGAGAAGGAAACCGAAAGUUCUCCAGAGCAUCAGAAGAGGAGCAAGUGCAUUAAAAGCAUCCAUCCCCAAAAUAAAGGACGUAAAUAAAAUCGACAAAUACUCUCGGUUAGUGUUUCCUGUUUCGUUUCUGUUGUUUAAUGCUGUUUACUGGUGUUUUUAUGUGCUGUGAGACUGGAGGAGAAGAGAGUGAUUAAUUCCCCCAGCAGAACGUGGCUGUAAUGAGCGACACAGAACAAGUUAUUGAUGCAUGUGGACAGAAAAUUAAUCUAAAAAUAUGUUUGAAAAUUAGAUUAUCGCCGAUUCAUGCUGUAGUCUACAGGGUCACCUAGAGGUUCUAGUGUUCUUCACUGUAUUCUAGUAAACUCAGCCAACCACUAGAUGAGAGGUCUUAAGGACAACAGGUUUUUAUUUUUUAAGGCAGUUUAAAACAUAUCUCACACACGCCCAGAAGAAGAUUUGUAAGCGAUUCAACUUCUCCAUUAGAAAGUGAGUGACAAAUCGUUUUGUAAGACAAAGCACUUUUCUAUUAGACACUUCGAGUGUUAUUGUUGACUAUAAGCUUACAAUAACUCUGUAAUCGCUAGAUCGUUAAAUAUAUUAAGUAGCUAAUUAGAGACUGAUAUAACCACUUGAGUUUCUGAAGACCAUCUACUCGAGGAUUGGAUUUAUAGGGGAUAUAACCACUUGAGUUUCUCAGGACCAUCUGCUGGAGGAUUGGAUUUAUAGGGGAUAUGACAACACGAGUUUCUGAAGACCAUCUGCUCGAGGAUUGGAUUUAUAGGGGAUAUAACCACUUGAGUUUCUCAGGACCAUCUGCUGGAGGAUUGGAUUUAUAGGGGAUAUAACCACUCGAGUUUCUGAAGACCAUCUGCUGGAGGAUUGGAUUUAUAGGGAUAUAACCACUCGAGUUUCUGAAGACCAUCUACUCGAGGAUUGGAUUUAUAGAGGACAUAAGCACACGAGUUUCUGAAGACCAUCUACUCGAGGAUUGGAUUUAUAGGGGAUAUAACCACUCGAGUUUCUGAAGACCAUCUGCUCGAGGAUUGGAUUUAUAGGGGAUAUAACCACUCGAGUUUCUGAAGACCAUCUGCUGGAGAAUUGGAUUUAUAGAGGCUAUAGUCACUUGAGUUUCUGAGGACCAUUUGAUUGAUAAUUAGAUUUAUAGACCACGUGUUUCAGUAGGAAUGACAGAUUACGUGAUUAUUUAAUUCUUAUGAAGUUAUUUGAUAGAGUUUUUUUUCUCAAAGUUGCAACUUUGCUAUGUUUUACUCCUUCCUGAAAAGGUCUACCAACUUCAUUUCAAUAUUGUCUCAAUCAAACAGUUUACAGUUAAGAUCAUUAAUAAUGAUAACAAAACAGCGAAAUAUAUCUUACAAAGUUAAAGUGUUAUGUUGUUUGAAAUGGACAUCACAAGAUUAAAAAUAAUUACAUUCUUUCCCACUGAGUUUUCCUGUACUCUUAUUUUUAGGAUGUUGUCCAAUAAAAAUGUCAGGAUAU